AAGAUGUUCCCCCAUGUCACGUUCCACACUACCUAAUCACUCUCUCUCUCUCUAGGCUCGAGAAAGUUAUAAACAGAAUCACCCAAAACCCCAUAAAGAGAAAAUCAACCACCCUAAGCCAUGCAGUAAACAAAACCUGUCCAUUACUAUCAUCACUAUUACUUCUCUCUCUUAAUUCUUACAAGGGAAUUGACAAUCACCGUCCCAAUCUCUAGUUAGCUACUUUUUACUAGUACUCGGAGAAACUGUAUAAAGAGAGGUGAAUUUUGGGUUCAAAGCAGAGAGAGAUGAGCAGUAGCAGCAAGAUGCUGAAGGUGUUGUUGCGGCUGCUGGUGUUGGUGGGAGUGUUUCGGUUCUUGAUUGUUGCUGCUGCUACUGAAGGAGGAGGAGGAAGAAGAGUGAAGGAUGAUGAUGUAAUUAGGGGAAGAGAGAAUGAAAUGAAGGCUGUUUCAAAGUUUGAUCUCAACUACAGUACCAAAAGAAAGGUUCCCAAUGGACCUGACCCCAUCCAUAACAGAAGAGCUGGUAGCUCUCGUCAACCACCGGGCCAAGCUCAAAAUGGCACCACCGCCACCACCAACCGAUCAAAGAUUUCAGGAGAAAAUUAACCUCUUAGGAAAUUAAUUAGAUUGUUGGUAGAAAUUAAUUUUUCAGAUUAAUCUUCAGAUCUAUGUAAUGUGGUAAUAUAUUAAAUUUAUUUGAGUGAUCCAUCAUCAUAUAUAUAUAUAUAUAUAUAUGCAUGCACCAAAUUACGUGAAAGUAUAAAAAGGGUGGUUUAAAUAUUAUAUAUAUAGUGGAUGCAUGAUGUGUGAAAGAAAGAAACUAAAGCGAAUCCAGCAUGCAUCCAUCUAAAGAUAAAAAGGAAGAAAACAAAGUUGGUGUUGGUAAUGAGCAUCUUUGGGUUAGUCUUUUUCACCAGAUUCUUUGUUUUGCUCUUUAGACCAUUCAAACUUUGUAAAGCUCCUUUCAGAUUCUCUACUCUCCUCCCAACCAAUCUAAUUAAUUUCAUGUUCUAAUCCAAUUG